AUUGUUUUUGGUUAUGUUCCGUUGUAAGGUUUAACAUUCAUAAAGUGCACUAUUUUGUGGGAUAAAAUGAAUUUUAUUUGUUAAUUAGAGAUAGACUUUUUGGAUUGGAAUCGGAGAUAAUAGGGAAAAAAAAAGAAAAAGAAAAGACUUUUUAUGAUCAUGAAGAGUCAAUGACUAAAAUACUAAUAUUUGGAAUUAAACUCGUCUUACUUGGGUGGCUUGCAAGGGUUAGAUUGAAACUGUGGUUGGAACAUGGCAUGAUAAGUGUUUCUUAAAAAUAAAAAAUAAAAAAAUAAAAAAAUGAGAAAAAAAAACCCUCGUCUUCUCGGUGUUUUAUAAAUAUGCAGUUGUAGACUUUGUAAGUUCAACAUCCAAUUCAUCAUCAGUUUGUCUUUUGAUCUCUCUCGUUCACCACUUUAUUCCCAUGUUAUUGAUCAUAGCUCCAUUUCAGCUCUUACUUUCCAUUUAUUAUUCAGAAAAUCUUCUUUCCAUUUCUGUUGCUUCUCUGUUCAAUCUUUCCAAUUAAGAUACUAUCAGUUUGGUCACCUUCAACCUUCAGAACUCUGUUCCUUUCUCACCAUAUCCCUUGUUUUUCUCUCAAUCCUUUUGAGUGUUCAUCUUUUGCUGUUCUAUUCCAUUAAUUCUACUCUUCAGUUCAUCUUUCACCUUCAUCACAUCAACAUUUCCUCGCACGAAACUCUGUUUGCUUUGCCUGUUUCCUGAUUCCCUGUUUCCCUUUCCCAUCCACCAUUCUCCCUGAAGAUUCUUAAACAGCAAAAGAUGGACCCCACCCUCAUCGUCGAUUACAUUAAUUCCUCGUUAGUCGAUUUGGACUUUCUGGUGAAACGUUGCUCCGAUCAUCAAGAUGCCCAAACUUUAACGAAGCUGAGGUUUGGGUUAAGGAACCUCGAAACCUUUGUUCUUGCUGCCAGAAUGUUGGGCAAAGCUGUAAACCUGGAAUCUUUCUUGUCUGGCAUUGAGGAUAUUGUUCGUGAGAAAGCGGCGGACAUAAACGAUCUUUCUCUCAAUCCGGGUGCCAAUUUGGAUUUGAGUGUAGCUUCUGAGUUCCAAAAGGACAUUCAGUCUUUGGAACAAGAAAUGGAUGAAUGGUACGCCACUAUGCUGGAUUCCUCAUCCCAAUCAUCAAGCUCCCUCGAGGAAAAACAAGUGUUGGAAAUCAUCACUUCCAUUGUGGAGAAUCUAUUGGAUAUUCACUCUUUGGAACCCAAAGAGGGAUUCCACUUUCAAAUUCUUGAAGAAGCAAUGGAAGCCUUGGCAGAGCAGUUUCGAUUCUUGAAAACUCUCCUGGGCUUUACUUCAAAUGGGAAUGAUGAAUCCAGACAAGAUUUAUUGUCUCAUGCUGAACUUGUUACCAUGGAUGCUGCAUAUCUCCUUUUCACCUUUGGAAACCUCGAAAAGUUCGAUGAAGAAAGUUGCAACCCGAUGAAUGUCAACGUUUCGAAAUUGCUGCAGCAGAUCAAGCCUACUGAUGCUCAGGUUUAUGAGACUUACAUUCAAGCCUUGAGUAGCACACAGUUGCCCACCUUUAUUGCAAUGAAGAGUUUCCUCGAUUCACUCAUAUCUAAUCUUUGGGAGCUGUUGGUGUUGAACACUGAUGAUCUUGUUGUUUCGAUGAAGGAUCAACUGCGAGAACUUUAUGAAUGUCUUAGAUCCCUGAGAUCGAUUCUCAAGGAAUCAACAGAAGGCGUUAAGGCAGAUAUUGGAGGUGUGGUACGUGAUGCCGGAAUCCUAAUUUGCUCAUUGUACCAGAAUCGCAUAGAUGGAGGAGACCUUGGUCUCCGAAAUCUGUUAGAAGGAAUCAAUACCGUUCUAGCGAAAUCUGGAAGGAAAGAUCCAGAAGAACCAACAAUGUUCAACUUUCCAAGGACGAAUCAAUUGGGUUAUGUGGAUUUCGUAUUAGAAAAACUGAUAGAGAUAUCAAUAAGUGAUGUAGCUGAACCAACUGCCAAGAGUUGCCUUCAAACUAUCGAGGAAGAGCUUAGUUUCUUAAGGUCUUUCUUGGAGGUCAUUGUGGAUAUGCGCCAUCAACAGGUGGAACUCCGGAGUAUCUGGGAUCGUUCUCUGGAGAUGGCGCAAAAGGUGGAGGAUCUCAUUGACCACCUGGUGGUCGGAGUUAGUUUUCCAGCGUCGUUUGCUUCCAUCACCGAAGACCUGGAGAACAUUAAGGGGGAUAUGGUGAAGAUUUCUAACCAGAAGCGACCCGAAAUCAAAGAGAAGGAAGCAGCCAAGGCUCAGAUCAGUUCCAUACCCCAACAGAUAAGUCCAUCAACAACAACUGAAGUUGUAGGUUUGGACAAGGAGGCGGCAUCAAUCAAGGACCGACUCCUGAGAGGAUCUCCUCAACUGCAGGUCAUCUAUAUUACGGGUAUGCCCGGACUGGGCAAAACCACUCUGGCGGCAAAAGUGUACAAUGAUCCAUCCCUUUUGUACCACUUUGACCUUCGUGCUUGGUCUCCAAUCUCCCAAGUAGUGGACAGAAGGAGAGUGUUGCUAGAGCUCUUAAACCAGGUCAAUCCUCAGAGAUACGCUGAGCUGACUGAGCUAGAUUUGGCAGAAAAGCUUCGUCGCACCCUGAAAAUGAGAAGAUAUCUUAUUUUUUUGGAUGAUGUGUGGGAUAUCGAGGCAUGGAAUGGCUUAGGAUUCACAUUCCCUGAUGAUAAGAUGGGCAGCAGAAUCAUUCUGACGAGUCGUCAUAAGGAUGUUGCUCCUCCUUAUCUGCUCGACAAACCUGCCCUCUCUCUUGAACCGCUGAAUGAGGAAAACAGCCUCAAAUUGUUGCAGACGAGGUUAUUUCCUGAAACAAGUUGGCCUCGUACGUUACAUGUUCUUGGGAUGGAAAUCGCUAAAAGCUGCAAGGGGUUGCCCCUGACUCUUGUCAUUGUAGCUGGGCUUCUCGCGAACACAGACCAAAAGGAGUGGAAGCAAAUCUCUGAUCGUCUAAGCACGGGUGAUGUUGAGAUUAUUAAACAUUGCACAAACACAUUAGAGCUCAGUUACAAACAUUUGCCGGAGAAGUUAAGGCCAUGCUUGCUGUAUUUUGGAGCAUUUCAAGAAGAUCAGGAGAUUUCGGUCAAUAGAUUAGUUCGCUUGUGGGCUGCUGAAGGAUUCAUCCGGAAGCCAGAUGCGAGCAAGAGAGUGGUAGAUGUUGCUGAAGAGUACUUGCAAGAUUUAAUUGGGAGAAGUUUGAUCAUGGUUGUCAAACAAAAUUACACUAAAAGAGUAAAAUCCUGUCGUAUUCAUGAUCUGCUUCAUGAUUUUUGCUCGCAGAAGGCCAAAGAAGAACGUCUCUUCCAUUUUCUGAGAGAGCAUGAUGAGCUGUUAGAAUUCAACGAGCCACGAUACCUCCGGCGGCUAUGCAUUCAAUCAGAGGCAGAGCAUUUCAAAGAUUCUAAAUUAUUUUGUCCUCGUGCGCGUUCUCUCCUCAUCAACUUUUCGCAAAAAGCAGGAGGCGAAGACGAUGGGAUGAGACUGAAUAUCUCAGUCAUGAUCAACAUGUUCAAACUCUUGAGGGUGUUGGACUUGGAGAGGAUUGAUGUCGGCUCACGAUUUCCAAGUGAGAUAGAGAUGCUUGUUCAGUUGGUCUUCCUGGCGAUUCGAGGCAAGAUGAGGCACGUUCCAUCUUCGAUAGGUAAGCUCUCAAAUUUGGAAACCUUUAUUGUGGUUGCAGGAGCGGAGAUGGUUUCACUGCCAGAGAAUCUGUGGAAUCUAAGCAAACUAAAGUAUCUUUGCAUUAAGGGCGACUCUGGUGAUGUUGGUAGUAGUUUGCCCUUGGAGAAUCUUGACGAUCCAUCCACUUUGUGGGAAUUGGAUAGGUUUUCUGGUGUGAUCAUUCCUCACUGGGAGAUGGAAAGGCUGAUGAGAAAGUUUCCAAAAGUCCGCAGGCUAAAAUGCAAAUUUCAAUUUAAGCUGGAUGCAAAGAGUCGGCAAACGGUUGCAGUUCUUGAUUUCAAGAGUCAAUCUGAACUGGAGUCGCUGGAUAUGUCUUUUCAUGAGAAGCGUAUUCCGCGAAACUUUAAGUUUGACAUCAGUCUGCCUGACAACCUCAGAAAAGUGACCUUGUCACGCAUUCCUUUGCCUUGGACGAAUCUUUCGACCAUCGGUCAACUUCAAAACCUGAAGGUCCUCAAACUUAUCUAUAUAUCCUUCGAAGGGGAAGAAUGGCAAAUGAAAGACGGGGAAUUCUCGAACCUUGAAAUCUUGAAGCUAUCUUCUUGGGAGCUUGUCAGGUGGACAGCUUGUGAAGAUCAGUUUGCUUGGUUGACGAAGUUGGAAUUGGAGGGUUGUAGACGGUUGGAAAAGAUGCCUGGUUGUUUACCCAGCACCGAGACACUUGAAACAAUUGAGGUCUCCGAUUGUUGUCAGACUGUUGUUGAUUUGGUGAAAAAGAUUGAGAGGGAGAAGAAGGAGUGGGGAGAUGAUGGAUUUAAAAUCAGAGUAGGCCGGAUUUGGGAAGAUCCGCGGAAGAGGAAUAAGUGAACUGAGGAAGCUCCGGUUUCACUUCCAUCGUCACAGCUGUGGGAUUGUUUCUUCACAUCUUCUUUCGAUUCUUGAUGUUUAUUUUAAUUUGAGUUUACUACUGCUGUCAGUACUAGCAAAUGUUGUUGCAAUAAUACUGUCUGUAAUUCGUGUUAAUGAAUCUGAAUUCUGGAAUUUUACUUCAAUUCAAUAAAUGAUGGUCAGUAUAAAUUUCUGAUCAGCCACAUGUGACGCCA